CCGCAGGAAGUGUUUGUGCGCGCUCGUGUGUGUGUCUGUGAUUUAUCGUUUCCCUCCGUCCGGGAUUCUUAGCGGUUAGUUAGUUAGUCAGUCCAGCGCGGGCAGUGUGUGUGUGUGUGUGCGGGAUGAAGGCGGUUCUGCUGUGUUUGGUGGCGUUGUGCUGCCUGGGCGGCUCGUUAGGGGACACACCAGCUAACUGCACUUAUGAGGAGCUGCUGGGGACCUGGGUGUUCCAGCUGUCUAAGGGGGGACAGGACAAGAACAUCGACUGCUCCACUGCUGGUCCGACGGUGAAGUCUGUGACCGUGCAUUUACAGAAGUUAUCUCAGGCUGUUGAUGAUCUUGGAAACACAGGCUUCUUCACCAUCAUCUACAACCAGGGCUUCGAGGUGGUGCUCAACAACUACAAAUGGUUCGGCUUCUUUAAGUAUACUCAAGAGGGCUCGGUGGUCAAGAGUUACUGCGACCAGACGCUUCCUGGUUGGGUUCAUGAUGUUCUGGGUAACAACUGGGCCUGUUUCACCGGGAAGAAAGUUCAGCGCUUGGCUCCUAAAACCUCCUACACCCCUGAACCUAACCCGUUCCUGCAGCUUUUUAAGCAUGACAUGAGCUUUGUGGAGCGCAUCAACUCGGUCCAGAACUCAUGGAGAGCCACAGCCUACAGGGAGCACGAGCUCCUCACCAUCCAAGAGUUAACACGGAGAGCCGGAGGUCGCAAGUCCCACUUCCCACGGCGUGUUAAGUCCACCCCCGCCUCCCCAGAGCUACUCAAGAAGGCCGCCAGUCUGCCAGAGCAGUGGGACUGGAGGAAUGUGAACGGAGUCAGUUACGUCAAUCCGAUACGCAAUCAAGGGUCAUGUGGAAGCUGCUACUCGUUUGCCACGAUGGGGAUGCUGGAGGCGCGGAUCCGAAUCCAGACCAACAACACCCAGCAGCCGAUCUUUAGUCCUCAGCAAGUUGUCUCCUGCUCGCAGUACUCCCAGCGUUGUGACGGUGGCUUCCCGUACCUGAUCGGUAAAUACGUGCAGGACUUCGGCAUAGUCGAGGAGAAGUGCUUCCCUUACACCGGCAAAGACUCUCCCUGCUCUGUUUCGGCCGACUGUCCUCGCAAUUACGUCUCCGAUUACCACUACAUAGGCGGCUUCUACGGAGGAUGCAGCGAAGCAGCCAUGAUGAUCGAGCUGGUAAAUAACGGCCCAAUGGGCGUGGCCUUCGAGGUGUACUCCGACUUCAUGAACUACAAAGAUGGCAUCUACCAUCACACCGGCCUGCGUGACUCCAUCAAUCCAUUUGAGCUGACCAAUCACGCAGUGCUGCUGAUCGGUUAUGGGCAGAGUCAGAAGACCGGGGAGAAGUACUGGAUCGUGAAGAACAGCUGGGGAACCGGCUGGGGCGAAGAUGGUUACUUCCGCAUCCGGCGCGGGGUGGACGAGUGCGCUAUAGAGAGCAUCGCCGUGGCAGUCACACCCAUCGCCCAGCUGUGAGGUCACUUCCUGGUUUGCUCUCCGAUCUUGUGCGUCUCUGCCUUUGCUAUCAUGAUUACAUGAGAAUACCCAAGUGUUCAAGAUUGAAUUGUUUGUUUGUUUUUAAAAGGGAAAUUUAAGCCAAGCUAUUGCUCCUGCUGCUUUGAAUUAGAUGAUCUGAUAUGGCUGUGGCCCAAAUCCUUUCUUUGUUUACUAGUUAUGGCAUGAAGUGCACUAUGUAGCCUAGGAAAUGUGAUGAUUGCUUGAGCUUUAUUACAAGGUACAAACCAAUUAUGAUCUCAAGAAUGUUAACAGUUUAUUUUAGAAUUCACGGUCCCAUCUGUAACCAGUGAGAUUUUUUAUAAAAUUAUGAUUUUUUUAUUAUUUUUAAUCCUGUAGUUCAGGUUCCAUUUCACUGUGGUGCCUUCAGGACUCAUAAUGGAGCCGCUUCAUUUCAAAAGGGAUUGUUUUUUCCCCUCAUGUGUUGCAAAAACUGUUGUUCAUUGCUCUGUCCCAAUCCACUUUCUUCACUUUUGUCUAAUAACUUGCACUUGGUCCUUUUUUAGCAAAAAAAAAAAAAUUAUUUCCCCACAAGGGUAAAAGGGGAAUUUUCAUUAUUUUUCUUUUGGCCACUUUUCUCAGGUGUUUCUUACAAAUCACUUCUCUCUCACAUGCAGAUGUGCAUACUGUUUUUGGUUAAAACGUCACUGCCUUGUGGUUUAAAAAUGUUCAGACAUUUCAAAUUUGACUUUUAAAUCUGAUCAGUUUUAUGCAAACUUUUUUUUUUUUUUUUUUUUUUUAAACGUGUCCAAUAAAGGCUGCCUUUUAAAGA